AUGUCUGCUCCAGCUCAAAACUACAAGAUCGCUGAUAUCUCCCUAGCUGCCUUCGGUAGAAAGGAAAUCGAAUUGGCUGAACACGAAAUGCCAGGUCUAAUGGCUAUCAGAAAGGCUUACGGUGCUGUCCAACCUUUAAAGGGUGCCAGAGUUGCUGGUUGUUUGCACAUGACCAUCCAAACUGCUGUCUUAAUCGAGACUUUGGUUGCUCUAGGUGCUGAAGUUACCUGGUCCUCCUGUAACAUUUACUCCACUCAAGACCACGCCGCUGCCGCUAUUGCUGCCUCCGGUGUCCCAGUCUUUGCUUGGAAGGGUGAAACCGAAGAAGAAUACGAAUGGUGUAUUGAACAACAAUUGUAUGCUUUCAAGGACGGUCAAAAAUUGAACUUGAUUCUAGAUGAUGGUGGUGAUUUGACUUCUAUCGUCACCAACAAGCACCCAGAAAUGUUGGAAGGUUGUUACGGUCUAUCUGAAGAAACCACUACUGGUGUUCACAACUUAUACAAGAUGGUCAAGGAAGGUACUUUGAAGGUCCCAGCCAUCAACGUUAAUGACUCUGUUACCAAGUCUAAGUUCGAUAACUUGUACGGUUGUAGAGAAUCUUUAAUUGAUGGUAUUAAGAGAGCCACCGAUGUCAUGUUGGCUGGUAAGGUUGCUGUUGUCGCCGGUUACGGUGAUGUCGGUAAAGGUUGUGCCGCUGCUCUAAGAGGUAUGGGUGCUCGUGUUUUGAUCACUGAAAUUGAUCCAAUUAACGCUUUACAAGCCGCUAUGGAAGGUUAUCAAGUCGUCACUAUGGAAGAAGCCUCCUCUCAAGGUCAAGUCUUUGUCACCACCACUGGUUGUAGAGACAUUAUCAACGCUGAACAUUUCCUACAAAUGCCAGAAGAUGCCAUUGUUUGUAACAUUGGUCAUUUCGACAUCGAAAUCGAUGUCGCUUGGUUGAAUGCUAACGCCAAGGAGUGUAUUAACAUCAAGCCUCAAGUCGACCGUUACUUGCUUUCCUCUGGUAGACACAUCAUCUUGUUGGCUGCUGGUAGAUUAGUCAAUUUGGGUUGUGCCACUGGUCACUCUUCUUUCGUCAUGUCUUGUUCUUUCUCCAACCAAGUUCUAGCUCAAAUCGCUUUGUUCAGAGCCGAUGAUGCUGAAUUCAGAAACAAGCACAUUGAAUUCCAAAAGACUGGUCCAUUCUCCGUCGGUGUCCAUGUUCUACCAAAGAUUCUAGAUGAAUCUGUCGCUAGAUUCCAUUUGGGUAACCUAGGUGUUCACUUGACUGAAUUAUCUACUGCUCAAUCUGACUACUUAGCUCUAUCUAAGCAAGGUCCAUUCAAGGCUGACCACUACAGAUAUUAG